CCUAUGUGGAUCGAAUGAUAUGCUAGGGGCAGUCUCGAUGCAAAUGAAUGACGCAUGAAUGGCCCCUUGAAGCCGCUGCCCCUGAUAUUUAUUUCCACGGAAGGCUGUGUGACUGAUCAAUUGUGUCUGUUCCUGCGGUGGCUGUUCCGACCGAUUCCGUCAAAGUCUCCUUUUCAGAGCAGUUCCGGAUUAAAUAUACCAUCGGAAUAUAAAAUCAAGGGGAUACUGUACCGUGCCAGGUCGAUUGACUGUAUAAUACCGUUCGAUAUUCGCCAGUAUAAUGCUGUAUCAGGCCCUCACGAUUCCUGGAACGAGCGGCGAAACCCCUGGUUGUGACGUCCACACCUGGUUUGAACAGAUUAACAAGCUCCGGUGUUCGCUCGGGCUUACUAUACUAUACCCCAAAAAUAGCAUGGUGCGGCUAGGACACAGCUGUUUCUCUAUUCACGAAUCAUCUCCAUUGAACCUGGCGUAGCGCAACCGUACUAGGCCUAGUACUGCCUAGUGUGUCAGGUUUCCCGAUGGAGUCCGUUGCCCCUCUCACACACUGGAUUUCUCUGAAUGGAGGCCAUUAUUCCCGGUGGUAUAAAAGAGGCCUGCUCCUUGCUGCUGAUCCUCUUUCCUUUCCCUAGACUUGCGAACAUUUUAUUCCUCUCCUAACAACAUUCUCUUCAAGAACAUGCCAGUGUCUAUGGAUACGAUGCGAUCUGAAGAACCAUCAAAUAAGACCCUUGUAACAAACGGACAUGCUCAGUACUCUGCCAGUGCUCGAAGGCUCAUUGUCUGUUUCGACGGUACUAGCAAUCUAUUCGACGAGGCGAACACCAACGUCGUAAGAUUUGUGUCCUACCUGAAGAAAGACGACAUGGAUCAGCAACAAGUCUACUAUCAGACGGGUGUCGGUACCUACAUCAAACCUGGCAUGUUUAUGCCAUUGACGGUCAAACUUGCCGAACUAAUCGAUGACGGCGUGGCUUGGGAUUUAUCUGCCCAUAUCAUGGGUGGAUACCGCUUUCUCAUGCAAAACUGGACGCCAGGUUCUAAGAUCUCCAUCUUCGGUUUCUCCCGCGGUGCAUAUACUGCCCGUGCGCUGGCAGGCAUGCUUCAGAAGGUCGGACUCCUGCCACGCGGCAACGACGAGCAAAUUCCCUUUGCAUACAACUUCUACGCAAACGAUUCCGCAGAAGGAUAUCGAAUGAGCACCGGCUUCAAGCGCGUCUUUUGCCACCAAGUGACCGUCGAUUUUCUAGGCGUUUGGGACACGGUGGCCUCGGUCGGCUUGUUCUCCGCUCGGGAUCUGCCAUUCAGCACUCAAGAUCACCACAUACGCGUGUUCCGGCAUGCGGUUUCACUUGACGAACACCGGGUCAAGUUCAAGGAAAACCUGUGGCAUUUUGCCACUGGCCCUCCUGACUCGACCCCGGCUGGGCAUCCCUCUUUGUGGACGACUUCCACUAGUCUAGACAGAUGCGCGCCGACUCCAUUUGCGACCGACUCGGAAGAGGUUUGGUUUUCGGGAGGACAUGGAGAUCUUGGGGGCGGAGCUGUCAAGAAUUACGUCCAAUCCAGCCCGAAUCGUAUCCCAUUGGUUUGGCUGAUCCGAGAAGUCGUUCUGGCCAACACCGGGAUCCAGUUUAACCAAGCAGCAUUGGACGCCGACGGCAUUCGGCUUCCGGUUAUGAACCCACCCAAGGAUGGGCGCGACAAUUGG